CAUCAGUCAGGGGGAGUAAUUCGAUGUCCCAGCAGCAGAGGGCAGCAGAGGGCCUGUGAGGACACCAGGCGCGGUGCUUGUUGUUCACGCUCAGCAGAGAUUGUUUUUCAUGUACACACACCACAACAAUGGGCUGUUAUUGUCCAACAUGACGAAUGGCUGCACGUGUCACUGAUGCGCACAUGAUUCCCCGAAAGAAAAGGACGCGCCGUCGCACCUCCAGCCUCCUCCUCCAGUGCGAGGGUGUGUCGUAACACUGGAGCGUAUUUUAUGGGAUUUUGUAACGAGGCUGUGGCCCUGCCCUGUAAGUGAUACACACCUCACACCAGCGCGCUCUCAGCUGCUGGCGGGCUUCUCCAAGGGGAGCAGAGGAGGAUGCAUGGCUUCGUAACACUGUGACCACUGCAGGAGGCGCGGACACGUUUGCGUUUAGUUGUUGGCGCGUCGAGCUGAUGUAGGCGCUCGUCCGCUGUCCAGUUGGAUCUUCGGGAUCAGAGUUUGGAGCCUUUCAUUGACCUGUGUGAACCUCAACCUGCUGGCGACAGAUGCCUGUGUAGCAGGUUAUAACAGCUCAUGCAUUCCUCGUGUCAUUUCAGCAGUGCUAAAGUUAGGACAGGACUGCAGGCUGCAGCUGGACGGACUGUGUCGCCUGUUUGAUUUACUUCACUUCCUGAGCAACAACACAGCUCAUCACCGCCUGCUUUUAUUGGCCGCUGCAUGUUUACUGCUCAGCCUCCCGACUCCAUCUCACGGCCGAUCACCUGGAGCAUAAAGGCACAACACAAUCUCCACAUUGACCUAAAUUUCCCGAGAUGAAUUUCGACCAGGUCCUCUCUGCCAUCGGGGGCUUCGGCAGAUAUCAGAAGAUUCUGUACAUAUGGAUCUGUUUACCAAAUGUCCUCCUCGCCUUCCACAUGAUGGUGAGUAUCUUCACCGGAGCCACGCCGCCCUUCCACUGCCGGGACAGCUCGAGCCCAGGAGCCGGGAAUCAGUCCUCCUUCCCCGGGACGCUCAGCCAGAACUGGAGCGCCUCCUCGGACUCCUCCUGCUUCUCCUCUGGCGUCCUGCUGCAGGACAACCGGACCGAGCGCGUCCCGUGUGGCCAGGGAUGGGUGUACAGCACGGAGACCUUCCAGAGCACAGUAGUCACAGAGUGGGACCUGGUGUGCGACAAAGCCGGACUGAACAGUCUCAGUUCGUCUAUCUACAUGUUCGGCCUGUUGGUGGGAUCUGUGGUGUUCGGAGCCAUGGCUGAUAGGUACGGCAGGCGCUUCAUCCUGCUGCUGUCCAUCGCUCUUCAGACUGUGUUUGGAGUCGCUGUGGCCUUUGCACCCAACUUCCCCGUCUAUGUGAUCCUUCGCUUUUUAGUGGGCACCACGAUAUCCGGAGUCAUCAUCAAUGCCUUUGUACUCGGCACUGAGUGGACGUGCACCAAGAAGCGCAUGCUAGCCGGCAUCACUACCGACUAUGCAUUUGGUCUGGGCUACAUGCUGCUAGCCGGCAUAGCAUACUUGAUACGAGACUGGAGAAAGCUGCAGCUCGCUAUAUCAGCCCCGGGCUUCCUGCUCAUCUUCUAUAUAUGGGUGCUUCCUCAGUCUGCCAGAUGGUUGUUGGCCAACAACAGAAGUGAGGAAGCCAUCGCACUCCUCCGCAAGGCAGCGCUUGUCAACGGCCGGGUCUUACCUCCUGCUGUACAAGUGGAGAAGAUUUUAGGCGGAGGGAAGCAGAGUCAUUCAGCGGUGGAUCUCAUACGAACUCCUCAGAUGAGGAAGAGGGCCCUCAUCUUGUUCUACAUCUGGUUUGUGAAUGUGCUGGUGUAUUACGGCCUCUCAUUGGGUGUAUCCAGGUUGGGGACAGACCUCUACUUGACUCAGUUUGUGUUUGGGUUGAUCGAGGUCCCAGCUCGAUCUCUCGUCCUGUUCGUUCUGCCCUUUAGUCGCAGAUUCUCCCAAAGUGGAUUUCUGGCUGUUGGAGGGCUCGCCUGUCUGCUCAUGCUCGUUGUCCCUGAAGAUCAGUCCAAUGUCCUGGCUGGUCUUGCCAUGGUAGGGAAGUUCGGUAUAACAGCUUCCUUUGCUGUAAUCUAUGUGUACACUGCAGAGAUAUUCCCCACUGUGCUUCGGCAAACAGGAAUUGGUGCAUCCUGUAUGUUUGCAAGGAUGGGUGGGGUGUUAGCACCCUUAAUAAACAUGCUUCACAACCACAGCCCUGCUACACCCCUGCUCAUCUUCGGUGCCUCCCCGCUGCUGGGUGCUGUCCUCACCCUGGCACUGCCUGAAACUGCUGACAGACCUCUUCCUGACACAGUGGAGGAUGCAGAGAACUGGGACAUGAGCCCGUCUCCCAGCCCUGAGAAGAAGAACCCUGAGAUGUCUGAGGAUUUCAGCCAGUCAGCCAGCAGCACAGAUGAGCAGGAGCUACGGCAUCUAGCAAACCAGGCUUAAGUGUGUAUAAAAUGAUACACACACUCCAUGAUCGCAUAUUAUACAGUCUCAAAUCUGUUACCAGACAUAGUACUGAACAUAACAUCCUCUAUGCAAUUAUAUGUCAGGAUCUGAUUGAGAGCUCUAUGCAAGAAAGCCAAACAUAUUUUACCACCAAACCAGCAUGCAGGUGUGCAUGCACACACGCACACAAUGCAGGCAUUCAUAUAUGCUGCCAGGGCAACUCAACAGCCUACUGUUUCACCAGCUGCAGGUAAACACCCGAGGAAGGAGUAAAGGAAUAAAUAGUUGCCUUUUGCAAUCUUGUACAUUUCGCAAAUGUUUACACAUUUCUCACAGUUUUGAAAAGUGGUUUUAUAUAUAUAUAUAUAUAUAUAUAUAUAUAUAUAUAUAUAUAUAUAUAUAUAUAUAUAUAUACAUAUCUUACACACAUAUUGCAAAAUGCAUUUGUAUAUAUUCAUAAAUCUACAGGCAUCAUCUCAGAUCUGUGCUGAUUUGACGAAUCAGAUUGGGCAGGAAGACUUUAACAGGCUGCCAUUGCCUCUCUAAUGCAGUACUCAUACGUCCCAUUGUGCUGCUACUGUUACCACAUCAUAUUUUUAAGGACUGGAUUUUUUUAAAGGAUUUAUUACAUGUGGUGCAUUUAGUAAAAGCACAGUUUUUUUUUUUUUUAUAAAAGUGAAUCAUGUCUGUGGAAGUAUAUCUUUGUUGUGACUCUGUCACUUUUACACAUCUAAGUGUGUUUACAGGUCUUGGGGACUACCACUGCAUAUGUGGGAAAAAAAGUAGAUUUAAGUCUUUUAUGGCUGAGGAAGCUGCAAAAACAAGAAUGUGUAAAGUAUAAAGAAUAAAAAAGGCAUUAUCUCUGUGUUGAGUUCAGAAAUUAGUUUUUUAACAGUCCAGAAUGACUCGCACUGAAAAUCGCACUGUUUGAAGACCUGACGCCUACAUUUUACCCACAACGCACCUAAGUCGCUAAUGACACCAUCAUUCUUAUAUUGUACCCCUUAUGUACCUGUAAACAUGAUUUAAUGUGUAAAAUUGGUGGAGUUACCCUUUAAUGCUGUAUUGAACAAGCAUCUGACUCGUUUUCUGUGUUCUCGUACUCAAGCCAAGAGAAAUGAAAACUAGCUGAGUGAAACUGCAUGCACCAGUUACUUGUACCCAAUGUAGCCUUUUAUUAUUGUAGUUCUUUUGUAGUUUUGUAUGGACAAUGUGACUUUGAUCAGCAUGUGAAGAAAAAAUUUGAUUUUAGUAUUUUUUGCUGAGGUUUGUUCACUUUUUGUUAUCUUGAAUCAUACUCCGAUGUAAAAUGACUUGCUAUGAUGACUUGGAUCUGUGAAAUAUUUAGUACAUUUGACAUUUUUAUAAGGGCUGUUACUGUUAUAUGACUUAGUGCUACACAACUAAGGCAUGGAUCACAAGCACCAGUCAUGUUAUAUGCUAUGUUACUCAGGCAAAAAUAAUUUGAUUAUUCAAAAUCUAUUAUUCCUGUAGCAAAUAAAUGUUAGGUCAGUUUGCUUUGAAUGUGUAAAAUGUACAUGUAGGGGGGAUAACCUGUAACCCCACUGCUUGGGUUUUGAAAGCAUGUCUUACUGCUGCCCAGCAUGAGCAUGAGUUUGUUAGGUCAACGAGGAAUGUCGUAGAAGCCAAAUAAUGGGCAACUUUCCAAUUUUCUUUAUUGUUUUUGAUUCCGGCUCAGUGCAUUUUAAUGCAACAAAUCACAACACUGAAGAACAAGUGAAAAUGUGUCACAAAAACAACUUUGUAAAAACUGAAAUGAAGGCACUGUAGCUGUGACCCACCAGCAAUAAACCUGUUCCAACCAUGUCUGAAAACAAA